AUGAAUAAACCCAAUUAUCCAGCUGGACACAUAUCAUAUUCACAUGACCCCAGAAAACCUCCACGGGAGAAAACUACUUUAAGCCUCCACAGUUCGAGGAUUUCUCUCCAUGCAUCUUAUUUCCUCGUUUGCAUCUCCAUACUCCUUUUGCACCAUGCUGCAGUUCUCCUGGGACAUCCCCAGUGCCUGGAUUAUGGUCCUCCUUUCCAGCCUCCUUUCCAUCUGGAGUUUUGCUCUGCCUAUGAAACAUUUGGCUGUUGCGAGCAAGAGAAGGACAACCAUAUUGCUGCCAAAUACUGGGACAUCAUGGAUUAUGUUGAUCCCCAAGCCCAAAAACUAUGUGGAGGAUUCAUCAAAGAUAUCUUGUGCCAGGAAUGCUCGCCCUAUGCAGCCCAUCUCUAUGAUGCCGAGAACCCCCAGACGCCCCUUCGAAACCUCCCUGGCCUUUGUUUUGACUACUGCUCAGAAUUCCAUCUCUAUUGCCGUUCGGCAAUCACACUGCUUACAGAUGACAGGCACAUUCAAAAAUGGUGUGAGAAGAACAGGACCCAUUUCUGCAACAUCUUAAACAUUCAGGACAAAGACUAUUGCUUCCCUGAUGUACUGAAGAACACUGACCUAAAUGAUAACUUGGGCGCUGUGGUGGCAGACAAGAAAGGUUGCCUUCAACUGUGCCUCAAAGAAGUGGCCAAUGGGCUAAGGAAUCCAGUGCUCAUGGUGCAUGCCAAUGACAAUAGCCAUCGAAUGUUUGCAGCUGAACAAGUGGGCCUUGUGUGGGUUUACCUCCCAGAUGGAAGUAGAUUAGAAGAACCUUUUCUAGACAUUAAGCAAUUGGUGCUGACUACCCCCUGGGUUGGGGAUGAGAGGGGCUUCCUUGGGAUGGCUUUCCAUCCCCAAUACAGAGAAAAUGGGAAAUUCUACAUCUAUUAUUCCUACCAGGACAAGAAAAAAGUGGAAAAAAUCAGGAUUAGUGAACUGAUGGUCUCCACAUCGGAUGUCAACAAGGCGGAUGUAACCACAGAAAGGAAUCUCUUAGAGAUUGAACAACCAGCUGCAAAUCAUAAUGGCGGAGCGAUCCUGUUUGGACUAGAUGGUUACUUGUAUCUGUUUACUGGAGAUGGAGGGAAAGCUGGGGACCCUUUUGGUAAAUUUGGAAAUGCUCAAAACAAGAGUAGCUUGUUAGGGAAAGUUUUACGGAUUGAUGUGGAUGGAAGAGGUCCCCAGGGGAAGCCCUACCGCAUUCCCAAUGACAAUCCAUUUUCCUCGGAUCCCAAAGCUCGCCCUGAAGUCUAUGCAUAUGGUGUGAGGAACAUGUGGCGCUGCUCUGUGGAUCGUGGAGAUCCACUCAGUCAGAAGGGAAAGGGACGAAUUUUCUGUGGAGACGUCGGCCAGAACAGAUUUGAAGAAGUGGAUAUAAUUAUUAAAGGAGGGAACUAUGGUUGGAGAGCCAAGGAAGGAUUUGAGUGCUAUGACACAAAACUGUGUCAAACUUCCUCAUUAGAGGAUGUACUUCCAAUAUUUUCUUAUGGACGUUCUGUAGGAAAAUCAGUCACUGGUGGAUAUGUUUAUCAAGGGUGUGAGUCUCCAAACCUCAAUGGCCUUUACAUUUUUGGUGACUUUAUGAAUGGUCGACUUAUGGCUUUGCGGGAAGAUGAGAGAACAAAUACAUGGAAGAAACAAGAUAUUUGCAUUGGUAGCAUGAAAGCCUGUGCUUUUCCAGGGCUCAUUAGUUCCUACAGCAAAUUUAUAAUCUCUUUUGCAGAGGAUGAAGCAGGUGAACUUUAUUUUAUGGCUACAUCUUAUCCAAGUGCCUAUGCGCCACGUGGCUCUAUUUACAAAUUUGUGGAUCCAGCAAGGAGAGCUCCACCAGGAAAAUGUAAACAGAAGCCAGUUCCAGUGAAAACAAAGAGCAAGCGGAUCCCAUUUGUUCCAACUGCAAAGACUGUGCCUGAACUGAUCAAAGAGCGCCUUGCAACCAAGUCUUCCAAAACAGUUGUCCGUUCUACAGAACGUCCCCCGGCUUCUUCUGGGCAGAAACGGAAGAAGCCUGCAUCUCAUAGAAAAUCUUUGACUCAUGGCUCAGCAACUCCUACACAGUCUGGUAAAAAGCCGCCAACAGCACAGCAUCCCAAAGGCCGGGGUUCCCAAGCCAAAUCUGAUGGGCGAACACAAAAGGAGAAAGCAAGAACUCAGCCCCACCAGAAGAGAAAAUCACAGUUACCUGGAGCCCUAAAGAAACCGUCACCGUCUCCAAAGCUGAAGUCAGCAGCUAAGGAGAAAACACUGAAGAAGGGAAAGAAGAAAGGUAGGGUCAGUGCAAGAAGUUCUGUUUGAACAUCCAAAAUACUUCCAAGAAUCAAAAGAAGGGAAUCUGGAUAGGAUUGCCAAGUGACUCAUUUUACUUCCAAGAAAGUGAAUCAGAAUAGCAUAUAGAUUUUAUACAAAACAUUUUUAACCUGAAUCUACGCAUCUUUUCAGCCACUGACCACACCAGAUAUGUUAUAUACAUUUAAAUGCUUAAUUGUUUAAAUGUUUACAACUGGGAGU